CGAUGCGGGCAUAAUCGGCAGUUAAACAAACGAAAGCGAUUGGUGAUUGUGCCACUCGAACAGUUGAGUGGAGAACCAUUAUUCUCGGGAAAAUGUAACAACUGUUUCAAUAUCCAGCUGGAAAAUAAUAAAGUGAAGUAAAACCAGCAAGGUUUUCUUUUGUUGCGACUAUGGGCGGCUGUUGCUCUACUCCAAAUUCGGAUGACGAAGGAGGCUUCUACAAUCAGGGUUCUUCACAUAGGCAGGAACAGGUGAUUGCGAAUCGGCCUCGUAGUAAUCAAUUAAUUGCUCACCAUGAUAACGCUUACUUGGUACCGCCCAGGAUUCCGCCGAGUCCCUUGUUUCAAACGGUGACGACAACAACUACUACAGGUACAACUGUAUUCGGUUCGACUUCUUUACGCAACGCUAGUUCGAGACAGCAGCAGUUGUUUAGUGUUCCGGUGGUAAAUAACGUUCCCACAGCUGCUCGAAAAAAUGCAGGACGCAGGAAAAUUGCGCACGGUGCUGCACGAAACCUAAGUGGAUUAUGUGAAGCAUGCGGCGGGUCAGAUCAUAUAAAGGCAGACUGUCGCUAUCGAGAGCGACUAUGUUUUUACUGUCGCGAAAAAGGACACAUCAUUUCGAUUUGUCCGGCUAAGCGGCGUGAUCAAAAGUUUAAACAAACGCGUAGGGGACGUCAGUAGAAUUGAACCGUCUAAUACAAGAUAGGUAUUUUAUUUCUGUUUCAUGCGCUCAGUGUUUGUUCGAUUUUGUUUCAUAUCGUUGUAUUGUUGACUAAGCCAAGCCGAGUGAAAGUGAUAAAUAAGAAUUAAAACUUGAAUCAGCAUAA